AUGCUCCCCACCCCUUGCACCUCCCACGUCUCCUUCGACACCAUCUACGAACCCUCCGAAGACUCUUACCUUUUUUUGGAUACGCUCUCCUCCCCCGCCGAAUCCGCCUGGCUCACGAACCACUUCUCCCCCUCUACAUCCUCACCAUCCCCUCUCCUCCUCGAGGUCGGUACUGGCUCCGGCGUCGUCCUCGCCUUCCUCACCGCAAACUCCCACCACAUUCUCGGCCGCACUGAUGUCCUCGCUCUCGGUACGGAUGUGAACCGCAAUGCAUGUCUCGCGACGAGACAGACAGUUCUGAAGGCGAUUGAGGAGCAGCAACAGCAACAACAACAACAACAACAACAAUCCCAAGCAACCUCUACAGAUGAGCCUGGCGCUCCUUCCAAGAAUACCUCAACCAAAUCCCUCAUCUCCUCAACAUUAACCUCCGACCUCGCCUCCCCGAUCCGUCCCCACUCGAUCGAUAUCCUCCUAUUCAACCCGCCGUAUGUGCCUACGCCGGAGUUACCGCGGCUACCUAGUAAGGAGGAUAACGAAGAAGAUAAGGAAGUGUCAAGGAGCGAGAAGUUCGAGAGGGAGUCGUAUUUCCUCUCGUUGACGUAUGCGGGGGGCAAGGAUGGGAUGGAGAUUACGGAGAGGUUGUUGGCGGAUAUUCCGAGGGUGUUAAGUGAACGGGGCGUGGCGUAUGUGUUGCUUUGUGCGCAGAAUCGGCCAAGGGAGGUGGUGGAACGGAUACAGGGGUGGGAUGUUGACAUGGAGGGGGGGAAGUGGUGUGCUGAGUUGGUUGGGAGUAGUGGGGUACAGGCGGGGUGGGAGAAGUUGGUUAUUGUUUGGGGGGAUUAUAGGGAUGAUAUGGAUAGACUAAUGAGUGAUGACGAGAUGAUAGACGAGGGUAUGAUUGAUUUCGGCACAACACUUCGUAUGAAGUGUGUAUAUUUCUGUUCUUCUUCGUGUGUUUGUGUCGCGGCCACUGAUUAG